AUGAUUCUUACCGACGAAGCAUUUUCCGAGUUUAAGCGCUCAAAGCCUUUAGGAUUGAGCAUUUCUCCAGAAGAGGUAGAGUAUUCAACAGACGGACUUGUGCUAAGUAGUACACAAGGCAAUGUAUUGAGACUAUACUCAUCGAUAUCAGGGAAUAUUCAGAAUAUUAUUCAUGUUCCAAGCAUACAAAAGUACAAAUUCAUGUAUCCUAAUGCAAUCAUUCAUUCUGCAUCCAACUCACUACACCUUUUAUCUGUUUUUGACAAUAGGUAUGUCUCCACCUUUUCUGGCCAUAAGAGCCAAAUAAAUGCACUUUCUGUAUGUCCAGGGGAAGAUACAGUUCUAUCCUCAUCCUACGACUCCACCAACUACUGGGAUACAAGAAAGAAAAACCCUGUAUAUAGAAUUAAUGCACCCAACUCCAUAAGCUGCCUGUCGUUGUCAAAUGAUUAUGCAAUACUAAUCAAUGGCACCCUACUCAAGAUUUAUGAUAAAAGAAACACAAAAGGGCCAAAAAGUACUUCGUCACUUCCAGAAAAAAGAUACAAAGAAAUAUACUACUCUCCGGACGGAAGUUUUAUAAUAGCAUCUGAAGAAAAAAGUCAUCUCUUUCUCAGCUCAGAUGGUACAAUAAGGAAUUCAAUAAAUUUGGAAAGAGGAGGAAGCGGAUGCAUCACCCCAGACUCAAAAUUCUUUCUUUGCUGUGAAAGUAGUUCAAUACUUGUCUAUCAUCUUAGAACUAAGAGAAAGAUACAUGCAUUUAAGACACCUGGAUUUGAUAACAUGAAAGCCCGCUUCAACCCAUGCUAUGCCCAAUUCGUUUCAUCGUCUAAUCUUCUGAACAUUUGGGCUAUCAAAGAACAUCCAGAGCAGUCUUCAGCCUGA